CCUCAUCAGCCAGGCCGCCGCCACCUCCCGCUCCACGCCGCGGCAGCUGCAGCCGCAGAUCUCCGUCCGCGACCGGCGCCUCCGCCAUGGAGUACGAGCGCAUUGAGAAGCCGUUCCCCACCCAGGGCGGCGGGUUCUCGCCCAAGCGCCUGCGCGCGAUGCUGCUGGGGGUGGACAAGCGCCGCAAGGGCCACGACGCGGAGGAGGAGGACGGCGGCGCCGGCGCCGGGGACGACGACGGCGGCGCCGUGCCCAGGGCCUCCGUUAGAUCCGACGCCGACGCCGACGCGCGCGGUGGAGGUACCAUUUGUGAGGAAUACAAGGACGUAGAUGUGGUGAGCACCAUCUCAGAAUCUUCAACCUCGCUUGAGACAGGGGGUGGACACCGUUGGAGAGAUACCCACUCCAUGGGCUCGAGGGUAAGGGUGCCCGAAGAGGAUUCGUGUGAUUCCGAGAGUGUGGCCUCCAACUUUGAAUUCCACAAGGAACGAGGGACCUCUGCUAGGUCCGCGGCGGCAUCAGUUGUUCCUCCCUUCUCGAAGCCUGCCCCAUCAAAGUGGGACGAUGCGCAGAAAUGGAUUGCCAGCCCGACAACAAACCGCACUAGCAGGGCUGCUGGUGGGGCAGUAGCCAGGAAGAUGGAGAAGCCUAGCUCUGGCAUGGGGAGAUUGCCAGCAACGAAGGUUGUGUUGGAGGCCACAGAGGAGAUAGAUACUAAGAGAAUUGACCCAAGCCAAGAGAAGAGGGAAAUUGGGUGGCAGAAAGCAGUAAAUUGGGCUCCACCUGAUCCCUAUCCAGAAGUGGAGCCUUGUUCAAAGACUACAAUUGCUGCAGAAAGUACAAUAGUUGAUUCAGCUGUUACUUUUGAUCGCAAUGAUUCAUCCACCAUGCUUCAAAGCGCAACAACAUGCAUUCCUCCUCCAUCAACAGUUCGGUCGGUAUCAAUGAGGGAUAUGGGUACUGAAAUGACUCCUAUUGCAAGCCAAGAACCAUCCCGGACAGGAACACCGCUGAGAGCAACAAGUCCAAAUUGUUCUCGACCAACAACUCCACGAAGGACGUUAGGCCCCAAUGCAAUUGGUGCUGUUAUCAGCCAUGGAGAAUGUAGCAAUGCCGAAUUAAGUGAACAGGAAUUGCAGACAAAAACUAGGAGGGAGAUAAUGCUUCUUGGCACGCAGCUUGGUAAGACAAACAUUGCAGCAUGGGCAAGCAAGAAGGAAGAGGAAAAGGACGCAUCACUUUCACUGAAAACAGUGCCCAUGGACCAAUCAACACAGAACAUAACUGAAGUCCGCGCAGCUGCAUGGGAGGAGGCGGAAAAGGCCAAAUACGUAGCCAGGUUCAAACGAGAAGAGAUCAAGAUCCAAGCAUGGGAGGAUCAUCAAAAGGCCAAAAUUGAAGCUGAAAUGAGAAAAAUUGAAGUUGAAGUGGAGAGGAUGCGUGCCCGUGCUCAAGACAAGUUGAUGACCCAGCUCGCAUCAGCAAGGCACAAUGCAGACGAGAAGCGUGCUGCUGCGGAGCUGAAAAUGAACCGUGCUGCAGCAAGGACAGCCGAACAGGCAGAGCACAUCAGGAGAACCGGCCGAGUGCCGCCUUCUUUUGGCUGCUGGAACUGGUGCUCGUAGGAAGCAAAGCUAGCGCCUCUCCUCCCUCUGCCCCUGUGAAGCAUCCCGCCUGUUACUGUCUACUAGUGAAAUGAAUGAAUAUCGAAUGUCUUGUAGAAUCUUCCUUUUGGAUUGAUUCAGUAGAUAUGUGACAGAAGAAGAAUGAAUCACUUGUAACUAUAUAUAUAAGAUGUGUGCCUCAUGGCGUCUGUGCUGUGCAGUUACUGUUAGUGCCGCAGAUGCCUCGAAAUCAUUGUUAACUGAAGUUCAGAAUCCAGGCUCAGUUUGAAGAGGCU